AUGGCGUCGAACGAGUCCCCGCCGCGAGCCGCGCUGCUAUCACCGCCACUAUCAUCGCCGCUAUCACCGCCGCGGUCACCGUGGACCUCGGCUGACGUGUUGUCACCGCCACCCGGUGUUACCGGCGUUGACGGCGUUGACGGCGUUGUGUGUCCGCCGGGAGAGGAGCAAGUAGUCAUCGAUAUUGCGGGCGAAUCCAUAAGAUCAAUUUCUACAACCAGCGCUCAUGCCAUUAGCCCUGUCGCCGUCAAGUCUGCCGCCGUUAAUUCUGCUGCCGUCAACUCUAACGCCCUCUCCUCUGCUGCUGCUGCCGUCAACUAUGCCGCCGUUACCUCUGCUGCUGAUCCACAUUCCGCCGAGCGCGCAGAGGAAGGCACCAGAAUUCCGCUUCCGCCGUCCGCGCUGACGACGGCGCCGCUGCAGCCGGAGCAGACUCGCGGCGGAACAGCGGAGAUUAUGUCCGCGCCAGCCGAAGGCAGCGGAGUUCCGCCUCCGCCGUCCGCGCUAACCACGGCGGAGCUCAUGUGCGCGCUGCAGCUGGCGCAGACCCGCGCAAGAACGGCGGAGGAGUCCCUGCGCGCGCUGGAGCAGGCGGUACAGGCCGCGCAGGAGAGAGGAGCUGGGGAAGUGGGGGAAGCUAGUGAAGCGGGGGAAGCGGGUGACGUGCAGAUUAGCGCAACGGACAAGCGCCAGGCUGUUCGGUGGCCUGCUGACGUGGACGAGCUGCGGGAGGGUCUGAGAAAGGCAGAGGAAUUUGCCACGUGGCAGGAGCAAGGGGGUGAGGGAGGGUGGCGGAUUUGUCAUGAGGAGGAGCCCUGGGGAAGAUCGUUCGAAAGGUCACAGCAUGUUGCACUUGCUAUUACCCACGUGGCUCCAUGUAGUGCCUUACGCGCCACACCCUCUGCCUCAUAUUAUUCCGCAACGUUUUCCGCACCUCCUUCCUUACCUCCUCAACAAUUCCUUUCUCCACCGGCUGUUCCUCCCUCGCUUUCUCGCCAUCUGACAGCCUAUCCUGACCCAGCACCCCUCUGUCUCCCAUGUUCACCCAUGCUGCCUCAUGCCGCUGUGUCACCAACUUCUGGUUACGUUUUCGACCAGUUCUACAACCGGAAAGCAUGGGGGCUUGAGGAGCCCUUAUGUGAGCCUCGGGGAAAUGUCAUCGGUGGAGCAGGGGAGUUCCCUGCUUCGGCCAAUGAUAGGGGGGGGAUUAGAAAGUACCCAGUAAACGAGGAGGUAGAGGUGUUUGAUGACGGUGACUCUUGGUCGAUAGCAUGGCUUGUACAAGUGGUGCUAGCCAUGGAAGAGGGUGGCUAG